UGUAAUCGGUAAACUCCGCAGUUUUUGUUGUUGUAACAACGUGGAGUGGAACUGCCGGCGAUAGAGAUUACAGUCAUUCACAAUUACAGCUUAAUUCUUCAGAUUAUGUCCAAUAAAGCCGUCUGACCAUGCAGGUGUCCAGUGUGAACGAUGUGAAGAUAUAUAAUCUGAGCCACGGAAAGUCUCUCCCUGAGUGGUUGUCAGAUCGAAAGAAGAGAGCCUUACAGAAGAAAGAUGUUGACAUCCAGAGAAGGAUUGAGCUCAUUCAGGAUUUUGAGAUGCCCACUGUGUGCACCUCUAUCAGAGUGUCACGGGAUGGACAGUAUGUUUUAGCUGCAGGAACAUACAAACCCAGGAUCCGAUGCUAUGACGUCCAUCAGUUGUCUCUGAAGUUUGAGAGAUGUCUGGAUUCUGAUGUGGUGACCUUUGACGUCCUGUCUGAUGACUAUUCUAAGCUGGUGUUUUUGCAUAUCGACCGAUAUGUGGAGUUCCAUUCCCAGCACGGACACUACUACAAGACACGCAUCCCUAAGUUUGGGCGAGAUUUUUCCUACCACUACCCAUCCUGUGAUCUGUACUUUGUAGGGGCCAGCUCAGAGAUCUACCGACUGAACCUCGAGCAGGGCAGGUUCCUCAACUCUCUGCAGACAGAUGCAACAGAGAUCAAUGUCUGUGACAUCAACCCCGUUCAUCACUUAUUUGCUGCAGGGACCUUGGAGGGGAAAGUGGAGUGCUGGGACCCUCGCAUGCGCAGUCGAGUGGCAGUUCUGGACUGUGCUCUCAGCAGCGUGACUGAAGGAACAGAAGUGGAGGGCUUGCCUUCUGUCAGUGCACUCAAGUUUAAUGCCUCCCUCGGUAUGGCUGUGGGCACUACCACCGGACAGGUAUUGCUGUAUGACCUGCGUUCCUCUCACCCCCUACUUGUGAAGGACCAUUAUUAUGGCUUGCCCAUCCAUUCUAUUCAUUUCCAUGAGCAACUGGACCUGGUGCUGUCAGCGGACUCUAAAAUCAUAAAGAUGUGGCACAAAGACAACGGUAAAAUGUUUUCCUCCAUCGAGCCUUCAGCCAACAUCAAUGAUGUUUGUGUUUAUCCUGGUUCAGGUAUGCUCUUCACUGCCAAUGAAGACCCCAAAAUGAAUACAUUUUACAUUCCUGCUCUGGGUCCAGCACCACGCUGGUGCUCUUUCUUGGAUAACCUGACCGAGGAACUGGAGGAGAACCCAGAAAGCACAGUCUAUGACGACUACAAGUUUGUCACACGGAAAGACCUGGACAACCUCGGCCUAACGCAUCUGAUUGGCUCUCCUCUCUUGAGGGCCUAUAUGCAUGGCUUCUUCAUGGACAUCCGACUUUACCAUAAGGUUAAGGCGAUGGCAAAUCCAUUUGCUUAUGAUGAAUAUCGCAAGGAGAAGAUUCGCCAGAAAAUUGAAGAGUCUAGAGCGCAGCGAGUACAGCUCCAGAAACUGCCCAAGGUGAAUAAAGAGCUUGCCAUUAAGCUGAUGGAGGAGGGCGAGGGGACACUGAGUGCCAAGAAGAAGAAGUCGAAGGGCACCGCUAGCAUCCUCAGUGACGAUCGUUUCAAGGUGAUGUUUGAGAACCCAGACUACCAAGUGGAUGAGCAGAGUGAGGAGUUCCGUUUGCUCAACCCUAUUGUGUCCAAGGUGGGCCAGAAGAGGAGGGAGAAGAUACAUAAGUUAGUUGAGCAAGAGGCCCUUCAAAAGCAGGAUGAUGAGGAUGAGGAGCUGGAGGGCCAGGCCAGUUCAGAGGAAGAAGAAAGCUCUGACGAUGAUAAGAGCUGGGUAGAGGAGAUGAGGGAGCAGCGUCGCCUCCUACAGGCUGAGGAGAAACAGCGCAGAUUUAAAGAGAGGAAGCAGCAGGACCGCAACACCAGCCUGCAGAUUUCAGAUCCAGUCAAGAACUCCCGGCAGCCACAGGCUCAGGGCCAGAGCCAGCCACAGUUCUACCAGCUCAAAGCCGGGGAGGAGUUCCGCAGCUUUGGGGAUGUGGCACGCAAACAGAAGAUGCAGAAAACGUCUCUUGAGGAGCGUCUGAAGCUGGAGGAAAGCUCAGGGAUGCUGAACCUUGCUGACACAGCUGUCGGAAGCAAACAGCUAACAUUCACACUCAAGAAGACGGAGAAGCAGCGGAAUCAGCAGCAGGCCGAGCGGGAGCACCACGAGGAACGCAGGAAAAUCAGAAGGGCUGCUGGUCACCUAUACACUCGAGGCAGAGGGCGAGGAAGAGGGAGAGGCAGAGGACGUUUCUGACCUCAGGACUGACCGCUGUCUUUAAGCUAGAGCAAACCACCUCAUCUGCAUGGUGUUAAACACUCUUGCAGUGUUGACUUGCAGGACUUUCUUAUUCAGGGCAUAAAAUACUGCCUUAAAUGUCUCAUUCUGCCUCAGAGACAGUAGGACAUGUGGUCCUGUUUUUCAUGUUGAGCAGAAUGGCAAAAGAAGGAAUGUGCAACCAGUUGAGACAGAGAGAAGCCGGGAUUUUUUGGAAAAAUUGUGGGUUGCAAUAUCUGUGUGCGUGCGUGCGUGAGCUCUCUGACCUUCUACUCCUCUGCUUUGUCCCUCAGUGCAGUCUAAACAGAACUUUGUGUGCUGUUAAAGACCAUAAAAUAUUUUAUGCACA